AUCUCGUCGCCCGCGCCCGAGCGCCGCCGAAAAAUCGCGAAUCACGACGCGGCGUAACCAGAGCCUUAAUUUGCCUACGGCCUCUUUAAGUACCGAGGCGCUUCCGGUAGCCUGGGCCUUGCUGUGCUGCGUGCGUUUCUGCUCCGUUCUUGGUCUGUCACUAUGCCCGAGCCGGCAAAAUCCGCUCCCGCGCCCAAGAAGGGCUCCAAGAAAGCGGUCACCAAAGCCCAGAAGAAGGACGGCAAGAAGCGCAAACGCAGCCGCAAGGAGAGUUACUCCAUCUACGUGUACAAGGUGCUCAAGCAGGUGCACCCCGACACCGGCAUCUCGUCCAAGGCCAUGGGCAUCAUGAACUCCUUCGUCAACGACAUCUUCGAGCGCAUCGCCGGCGAGGCCUCCCGCCUGGCGCAUUACAACAAGCGCUCGACCAUCACGUCCCGGGAGAUCCAGACGGCCGUGCGCCUGCUGCUGCCCGGCGAGCUGGCCAAGCACGCCGUGUCCGAGGGCACCAAGGCGGUCACCAAGUACACCAGCUCCAAGUGAGUCCCUGCCGGGACACGGCGCUCGCACGGGUCGCCGGUCGCUUCACUCCAAAGGCUCUUUUCAGAGCCACCCACCUUCUCGGUGAAAGAAGCUGUUUUCUCUCUAUUCAAAAUUUCUUCUCUUUUAGUACCACUUAAUUUCCUUAGUCGAUGUCAGCAUUUUCCCUUGGAGGACAUGCAAGGAACCCAAGAAGGAACUGAUUCUUUAGCAUAGUGGAGAGCUAGGUAGAGUAUGUGUAUUUUUUGAAAAGUAACAGCUCUAACAGUGAAACGGUUAAUGAUGCGUGGCAGUCAACUUGUCUCAAUCAAGAUUGUAGAAAUUAGUGUUAAAAGAGUGUUUACUGUAAAGCAAUUAGAUUGGAUCUGUACUUUGUAAUUGCAUUUUUCUUGCUCUGGAAGAUAUAUGUGUUUGUAAAAAUGCAAAGCAGUGCUUUUGAAACCAUGCCCGUCACGUAUUAGUAAACCUUUACUGUGUCCCUCGGUAUCUUGAUUCUGUCGUUGACGUAAUUCCUAGUUUACAUACCUCCCCUGUCCCAGUUUGGUAUUCUUUUCAGGUACAUGGAAUCAGUAUGUACUUACUGUUCAAAUUGGAGACGUUAAAUUGUUAGAAUAAGAUAAUAAGGCCACUUAUUUACAAUAAACCGUUUUUGCUCAGGUGUUGAGAAUUUACACAAUUCUCCAUAGUUGUAGUUUUGCUAUUUUACAAUCUGGAUAAGGAAGGAAGCAGGAAAGAGGGUUUAUAGAUGUUCAGGGAUUUCCAGAUCCUGGGCCUGCUAAUCACAAAAUGUCCAGAAACUUACAUUGUUAAAACUGUUAAGUCUUAAAAAUGUUUGUCACUUGCUUGGAAGUGACAUUCAUUCUCUUCCUCUCUGAAAAUAGUCACUAAAUAUUAGAGAAUAAAAAGGGCUUUCUCCAUUUUUGAGACUAGAUGUUUAAAAGCAGUGCUUCUUAAAACAGUCCAAAGGCCAUACGACCCUGAAUCAGUUUAUCCCUAAAGCCACACAUAUUUCCUCCAAACCCAGAUCAUGGGCACUGGAGGUGAGAGGCCAGGAUGAACAACCUCUGGAACACUCCAGGUGAUUCACAUGUUUGAUAACCACUGACAUACUGGCUAUGUAGUUGCGGUAUUACUUGGUAAAAACCUGUUGGCAGUUUUCGGUCACCACCCAGAUAGUUCUUUCUUUUUCCUAAAUUGUCCUUUCCCAGAACUGUUUUUAAUACUACAUACAAAAUUCGUUUCAUUUAUUCCUUCAUUAAUUCAGGGCACCAGAUAUAGCAUAGGACUUUGCCUUUCUACCUUUAUUAGUGUUUGAAAACACAUUUUAAAAGAGGUUAAGAAAACAGAAGAUAAGGUACUAAAAUAAAUCUGUAAAACUAAAACUUCCUGGAAAAAAAAUGUCAACACUGCAGGGGUCCUAGCCCAUCCCCUUGCAUAAACUCUUUUUCUCAUGUACGUUCAUAAAAUCCCAAAUAUUCUCCAGCAUGAUUUUUAUUACCUCCUGUCUGCCCUGCCCAAUUAAAGAACAAUAACUUAUUUCUAAUUCUAGUAGAAUUAGAAUUCUACUAAUUCUAAAUUAGUAGAAUUUAGGAUUCUACUAAAUCCCUCCCUUCUUUCCAAUGGUUAGACCCCAGGAAACAUUUUCCUGCUUUUGCACGUGCCUUUGCUUGAUCUACUAAGAGAUUAGGCAGAAGGCUGAAACGUGGAGAUGGGGAGGAGAAAAGAAAAUAGAGGAAGGUUUGAGUUUACAGGGAGGAAUAUAAUGAAAACAUUUUAAGAAGCACACAGGAUGUUGGGCACAUGCCAUAAUUACAUGUUGGGGAGGUAGUCCUUACAUUUGGUUCUGAGGAUUCUCUGAAUAUGGGUAGGAAAGCCAAAAACAGCUAAUUCUUAAAGGUGGAGGUGGCUCAGUGUAACUAUAUUAUCUAUCAAUCGUUCCCUUUAGCACCAAAAUUUACACUUACAAGUGUGACAUCUGUUCAGGCUCCACUAUGACUAUUUGUGCACACCAUUUCCUGCAAUAGAGGAGAGGGGGGAAAACAUAUUUGUACCCUCAGAUAAGUAAAACAUGCUGGGGAUGCAGUAGUAAACAGACAAGAAAAAGUCCCUGUCCACAUAAAGCUACAUGUUAGUUGGUGGAUGCUGAAAACAAGUAAAUGAAAGAAAUGUAUAAUAGUAUAAUAUUCAGGGAAUGAUAUGUGCUAUGAAGUACAACAAUAUGGAAUACAGUGUUGACAACAGGUCUGAUCAGUUAAUAUUUGAGCAGAGGCCUGAAUAAAGAUAGUGAGCCAUAGCCUAUAUUGGAGAAGAGUAGUCUAAGAACUGGAAAACAAGUGCAAAGGUCCUGAGGCAGGCACAAGUUUGGGGAGUUCAAUAAAUAAGCAAUGCUAGUAUGGCUGAAACACAGCCAGCAAAGGAAAUAUCUGCAGGGAGAAGAGAUCAGGGAGGUAGUUGAGGAUCAGAUCAUGUAGGCCAUAGAGAGGCCUCAUAGGCCAAAAGAUUUUGUCUUUUAUUCUAAAUGAGUUGAAGUGCCUUUGGAGAGUUUGAUCAGGGUAAUGACAUUAUUUGACUUGUUUUUUUUAAAGCUCCCCCAGGAUGCUAUGUUAAAAAAUAGACUAGGAGAGCAAGAGUAGUAGCAGGAGAGAGAGAGGUGGUAUCAGUGGAGAUCUGAGAAAUAGUGAAGAUAUAUUUUAAUUGAAACUGAUGAACUGAAUGUAGGUUAUGACAGGAGAAGAAUAAAGGAUUAAUUGCAGGUGUUUGGACAGAACACUCAGAAAGAGCUGCUAUUUACUGACAUGAGUGACGAGUAGGUUUGGAGGGAGAAAUCCAAGAGUACUGUUUUGGACAAAAUUGUGACUCCUGGUAGCUAUCCGAGCAGAAAUAUCAAGUAGGAACCAGAUAGGAAAGAUCAAAUUCCUGAAUGGGAAUAUGAAAUACGAUAAUCUGGAGUUCAGGGAAGAGAAAGGGGUUAGGUGUAGAAAGUCUGAUUCUUGCUCUUUUGUAGAUGAUCUACCAUCUUUUUCUGAAAGCACUUAGAAUCACUAUAACAUGUCAAGAUAUAUUCUCUCCCUGGAAAUAACUUAGCUUCGGGCUCAGUAUUUGACGAAACUCCCCUAUCCAACUUCAGUUUCAAUCUCAGACUUCAGAAGACAGAAUAACCAAGUGUCUAAGCCAAUGUGAUUUGAGCAUCCUUGGACUAGUACAAUCACUUAAGUCACUAUUAUCUUUAAUGAGUAGAGCAAGUAUGAUGAGCAAAAGAUAACAUUCAGAGUUCUUCUAGUUAAUAGAUGGAUGAUCACUCUCAAACAUACAUUAGCCCUUUAAUGAGGUGAAAAAUCUUAUAUGUUCAUGUUGAAAUUGUAUCAGCAUAGAUUUUAUUGCAAAAA